AUGGAGGAGCGCGGAUCACAGAGGCACGCGAGUCGCACAUCGAGCACCAAAAGUGACUCAAGCAAGCGUUCUAUUAGAGGGCGCGACCACCACGAGGCGAGAGAGUCCUACGAGGAUGACUAUAGCGGGGGGACGCAUGGGGGAGGCAGGAAGGCAGGAGGGUCGAUUGGGGGAAGAAGGUCAGGAGCAGGGAGUUUAGGCGUUCCUGUGGUUGAUGAGGUGGGCGUUUACCUUAGCGGGUCAGGCAAUAGGGGGAACAGAGGUGGCCGGGGAGAGACCGAUCUGUCGCCAACAGAUUCCUCACCUGAACAUUCACCUGAACAUUCACCUGAGCGUUCUCCUGUCCGAUCCUCUCACCGAUCCCCGGACCGGCUGUCAGACCACUCUCCCAUCAGUUCCCCGGGCCAAUCAUCUCCCGUGCGCUCCUCUCACCAUUCCUCCAACCGGUCCCCGAACCUAACCCCGGACCAAACCCCGGAGCACUCGCCGAACCAGACGCCGGACAUGUCUCCAAGCUACAGAGGUCCUGGUAGGGUGGCUCUGCCUGCCGUCCGUCCCAGCAGCAGCCGCACUCCGUUGCGAACACCUGUGGAUUCACCUGAGAUUUCACCUGUGGGCUCCCCUCAAGGGUCGCUGUACCAAGCCUCGGUGCUCGGCUCGGGAGAGGACUACCCGUACCACCAAGGCUCGGAGGCGUCCGAACCUGGUCAGCAGGAAUGGCAGAUGGGUUCUGGUGGGGAGUCGUAUCAACCCCGUCAGCAACACUCCCACACGUCACCAUCAACUGCUGCAGCAGCAGGAAAGGCAGUGGGUGGUUAUGGUGGUAAACAUAUGAGUGGUAGCAGCGAAGGGGAGGAGUUUUCAGAAGGAGGAGGAGGAGGAGGAGGAGGAAGAGGAGGAGGAAGAGGAGGAAGAGGAGGAAGAGGAGGAGGAAGAGGAGGAGGAGGAGGAAGAGGAGGAGGAGGAGGAAGAGGGGAGGAAGGGGAAGGGGAGGAGGAGGAUGAUGUGUAUUACGAGUCCAAGGUGUUGGGAGAUGAGCCUAUCUCGCGACGACGAGUGGUGGAGCUGCUAGAUCAGAUGGACGCGUUCAUAGAGGAGGGGCCGCACUGCAAGCUGGACGAGUACCUGCCGGCCAUUGACCUGCUGCUCAGCGUGAGAGCACUGCUGCUGGAGGCUCGGGAUAAGGAGACCGGGCGGCGCGCGGACGGCAUGCUUCGGCGGGCAAUGGAGGACCUGGAGUACGAGUUCAGGGACAUUCUGUCACGACGGAGCCAACAAGCAUCCACGCGCUUCACUGUGGAUACACUCUCCCGCAUCUUCCACCGCAACUUCUACCCUCCUGCUGCCACCACCACUACCGCCGCCGCUGCAGCUGCCGCAACCAGCAGCGCCAGCACCAGCAGCAGCUCCCCUGAAAGCGGCGUCACAGGGGGGACCAGCGCCAGCAGCAGCAGGAACAGCACAGGGGGAGUGAGCGGUGGGGGAGGGGGCGGAGGGGGCGGAGGGGAAGGGGGUGGUGGCGGGGAGGGGAUGGGGGGGUUGGAUGAGGGGGAGUUGGAGGAUGCUGAUUCACUGCAUGUGCUGCCGGAAAUCGCCGCCCGGUGGUUGAACCAGACGGCUGCCAGGCUGGUGGCGGGAGGGGAGAGCGUGCGCUGCGUGGAGGCCUUCAGGUGGGCUCAGGUGGAUUCAGGUGGGCUCAGGUCGGUGCGGGUGGACAGCCUCAAGUCCAAGAUGGAGCGGCUGGAGAGCGAGCAGCUGUGGAUGGUGACGGCAGGGCAGAUCGCCUCUCCCACCUCUCUCCCCACCUCACUCACCCCACACGUGCAGGUCGGUGCGGGUGGACAGUCUCAAGGGGGCGUUGCAGCGGUUGGAGAGCGAGCGGCCGUGGAUGGUGACGGCAGGGCAGAUCGCAGACAUGCCAUGGGCGGAGCUGGAGCCGCUGAGCAAGCAGUGGACUCACGAUAUGUACAUUCUGAGCUGGAGCCGCUGAGCAAGCAGUGGACUCAGGAUAUGUACAUUCUGCCCCCUCCCUCCCCUUCCCCUCACUCCACUUCUCUCCCCUUUACUCCCCCUCCUCCCAUUCUUUCCCCUCUCCUCUGCUCAGGCUCGUCUGCUACUGGGCAUGGAGCGGAGGACAGCAGCGGCAGUGUGGCGAGGGAUGCAGGUCAGUCAGAGGAGUGGAGAGGGCCUGUGCACGAGCGGGGAGCACUGAGGGCUAUCCUGGAGGACAGCGGCAUGGGCAAGCGCAUAGCAGAGCACGCUUUGAUCCUCCGCGCCAUCAUCGCCCGCAACCUGCCCGAACAGCUCUUCUCGCUGCUCGAUGCCUUCCGGGCAGCCCAAGAGGUCAUGCCAGAGCUCUCAGCCACGUUCAAUCUGCUCAAGAUGGAGGCGGUGUGGCCGGCCUGCCAGCACCUCCCUCUCCUCAUCGCACGUGCAGUGGCCGACACCUUUGACCGCUUUAAAGCCCUCCUAGAGACCUCCACCAAGUCCGCCCAGGCCAUGGCUGCUGCUGCCCCGCCCCUCUCCUCCUCCUCCGCUUCCCCUUCCGCCUCUGCAGCUGGUAUUGCUGCUGUGGCUGCUGGGGAGGCAGCGGGGGGUGGAGUUGGGGAGGGAGGGGAGGGGGAGAAGAAGGCAUCGCUUGCAAAGUUGUUCAGAAUGCCGUUCCUGGGUCGCAAUGCUAGCACCACGUCAGCAUCGCCAGCAGCAGAGGAGAGCACGCAGGACGUCAUGCCACCUGGGGGUGUAGUUGACCCAAUCACCAGCUACGUGGCCAACUACAUCCGCAGCUACAUGCGCCGCGUGCCCUCCACCCACAACAGCUAUCUGGACGUGCUCGCAUCCCUCUUCCACCUGCUGGAGGAACAAGGCGCAGCGAGUGACGAGGAGGAGGAAGAGGAGGAUAGGGAUGGGGAGAAAGAAGGCGGCAGAGGGAGCAGCAGCAAGCCUAAGGGGGACGGGAAGGCAGGCGGGAAGGCGGCGGGUGGGAAGGCAGACGGUGGGAAGGCGGGGGAUGGGAAGUGGAAGCGAGGGGGAGGGCAGCAGCAGCACGCGGGGCGGAGUGCGGAGAGUGAGACGGCACACCUGCUCAGCGCGCUGGUGGUGAAUCUGGAGGCACGCGGUGGGCUGUACCGCGAGGAGGAGCUGCAGCACCUCUUUCUGAUGAACAACACGCACUACCUCGUGCAGUCCGCCGCUGACUGGUACCGCUGGCACGUGGACAGCCUGAACCACCCGCUCUCACAAGCCCGCAAGGAGGGCGCGAGGGACCUCACAGCAGCCAUGGCGGAUCUGAGGGACGGCCACAUUGUGCAGCUGCACGCCACGGCCUUCCAGAGCCGCGCGCUGGCUGCUGUCAUGGCAGCACUCACAGAUGAGCCUCCCCGAGGCACACCUGACUCUGUGAAGCUCAGACUCAACAGGUUGCGCCGAUUCAACACAGCGUUUGAGUCAUUGGUGGCGAGGCAGCGGCGGUGGUGCAUUCCCGAUGAGGAGCUGCGCAGGAAGACCCGCGCCAAGUGGUCCACGGUGCUGCGCGAGCGAUACCGCAAGAUGCUGCUGCCCUUCUGGGAUGACUUGACUUCAAGUAAGCUGUUUGUGUACACCCCCGAAAGCAUUGAGGCGACAAUUUCAGAGACAUUCUUUAUAGGCCCAAAUGCUUAA